GUAACGACGACAAGUUACAUGCAUAAUGAAGGCCAAGACACAAUAGAGGAGGCUAGAAGAGCAAUAAAGGAACGUUCUUCACCAAAUAAUCAGCAAUAAAGCUUGUAAAUUAGCAAAUAUUGGAUAAACAAGUAAAUCUUUUUUCUUUUUCCCUUCUUCUUCAUCAGAUUAGGGUUUUUAUAGCUUAUCCAAAAUAUUUCUGUAGCUUCAAAUACAAUUCUUAAACCACCGUUUGGAUAGGCUUUAUGCAUAUAAACCAAACAAAAUCCUUAAUUCAGCUGAUAAAAGUUGAUGAUCUUGAUAAUCAAUAGCUCUUUAAACCUUUCUGGUUCUUCCUUUCCUUUUUAAAUCUUAUAAAGAAUCUACCUGGGUUUCUGAAUUUCUCCUUGAAUUUUUUAGAACUGUUGAGUUUUUGUUCCUGUAAAAUUCAGAUAGAACUCAAGAUGUGGGGAAAACUUAGAGCUGCAAAAUUCAAAAAAUCUGAUGAUGACAAAAAGGGAGUACGCUUGAAUGUGAACGAAGAAUAUGUUAGUGCAUUAAGAACAAAAUCUUAUGCAGAAUUCUUCUCAAAAGCUCAAUUAUUGGUCAACGACGAGCCUUCUUCUCCAUCUUAUUGCCACAAAAAGUUUUCAGAAAUCCUCCUGGAACCUGAUCAAGAGACGAUCUCGAGCCUUCUGGAAUCGGCUAUUCUUUCAAAACUGCCUGACCUGAAGAGCCUCGUGCUUAAUUAUUUUGACAUAAGCGCUGAAGCUUCAAUUAUUUGCGCCCAUCUUCUCAAGAAAAUCGGCCGUAUCCAAUGCCAAUAUCGGUUCAUUCAAUGCGCACUCGACUCCAUUGAAGACUACUAUUAUUCUCCGGAAAAAGUCCCUUCGAUCUUCUCCAAGCUGAACUCGUUCGUUAUACUAAACAAUCCGCUUUCCAAUCCGAAUAAAACCGACUUCAAUCUCAUUCACGAGAAGUACUCAGCAGUGUUGCACCAUUUAAAAUCGAAAAGAAAAAAGAUUACUCGGAAAAUCAAGCUGAUCAAGUAUGCAAAUAAAGCAACACGAAUUUGCAUAACCGCAGCUUGCAGCCUAAUCGCUGUCACAGCGGUCGUUCUUGCGGCACAUACCCUUACGGCCUUUCUCAUGGGGCCAGUGCUGUUCAGCUUCCCGGCGAAGUGUUUCCGGAUAAAGCAAUUCAGCUUCAAAUUCUUAAGGAGCAGAUUCCUGACAAAAGUUCGAGAGCAGAUCGAUGUGGCGGCCAAAGGGACUUAUAUUUUGAACAGGGAUUUUGACACGAUGGGGAGACUUGUUGAGAGGCUUCACGAUGAAAUUGAACACAAUAAGGCGAUGGUUAAAUUCUGUUUGGAUAGGAAAGAUGAUAAAUUUUGUUUGCAUUUGGUGAAGGAGAUUAAGAAGAGCCAUGUUGGAUUUCAGAAGCAAGUUGAAGAGCUUGAAGAACAUGUUUAUUUGUGCCUUGUUACUAUCAAUCGGGCAAGGGCUCUUGUCAUUAAGGAAAUGAUGAUAAGUUACUCAUCCAUCUAAUGAGAUGAAAAUUCGAAGUUGAUUAACUAAUUGAUUAGUUAUUGUAAAUUUUAUUAAAUUACUUUUUGUAUAUUAUAAGUAUGUAUUAUAUAAUUUUAAUUUUUUAUUAA